UUGCAUGCAGUUUGUCUCAUCGCUAUCUCUUGCUGGACAUGAAGACUGGGUUAAGAGCUUGGUGUUCCACGCACCAGAUAGCACAAGCGAGGCUCUGAUCUUGGCUUCCGGCUCGCAAGACGCUACAAUUCGCCUGUGGAACAUUGAGCUUCACGCAAGAAAGCAAGCUACAGCUACCAGUGCCAGUGCUGAUACGCUGAGUGACGACUUGCUUGACGCUUUCGAGGCAUCGCUCGGAGACUUGGACGACUCUGAGGAAGGCGGCCGUCAGAUCUCUCUGAAGCGCCACAUGCUAUCCGUCAAAACGAGCACCGGUAGGUGAGUGCCCCCGUACAUCCACACUCAUCGCCCACGCUGACCCCUGCAAACCGCAGUCAACGGCUCUUCAGCGUCACCUUCGACGCCCUGCUCAUCGGGCACGAGGCGGGGCUCACAAGCCUGUCCUGGCGGCCCGCGUCGCCCACCUUCCGCGAGCCGACGCUCCUCUCGACCUCGACAGACUCGUCCGCCAUCCUCUGGUCGCCCUCGGCGGUCCUCGGCGCGCAGGACGGCGGCAGCACGAGCCUCUGGAUCAACCGGCAGCGCUUCGGCGACGUCGGCGGCCAGCGCCUGGGCGGCUUCGUCGGCGGGCUCUGGGCGCGCGGCGGGGACGAGGUGCUCGCAUGGGGCUGGGGCGGCGGCUGGCGCCGCUGGCGGUGCGACGUGGAACGAGUGCCUGAGGACUGGCAGGAGGCCGGGGCCAUCACAGGGCACAGUGCCCCCGUGCGCGGGCUUGCAUGGAGUCCCGGCGGAGAGUAUUUGGCGUCGGCCAGGUGCGGCUUUGC